UCCUAUUCUCUGGCUAAUCCCACUGGUGCGCCGGGACCGGACAACACGGACAUCUCACAGUUCCUACCCACGGUCGAUUCUCAACCAUUAGAAGAUAUUGAAGAGCAGGCUAUGCCCGAUGUUGGUAUUGAUACAUAUGCUGGAGAGUCGGUAUCCAUUUCAAAUCAUAAUAGCCCUGAUCCAGACCCAGCCAUUACCUUCGACACAACCUCGUAUACCUCACCCGAGGCAGAGGAUGACGAGCAAGAUCCGGUCAGACACCUUGCGCACGAGUUGACAGAGCAACUGGCAAAAUUCCGAGGAUGCUGCAAUGACUGCCACCAAGAAGCAGAUUGUGAACGAUCGGAUGACCCAAAUGAACACAUCAGUCUCGCAAUGUAUCUGGAAUUUGCACCUGAGCUGGGUCCUGACAUUCUUGGCUCUGCGACUAUAGCACACCAAAAAGAUGACCUAGCUGGAAAGCUCGAUGCUGCAACCCGAAGAGAGAUGUUCUGUGGUAUCGGCUCCAGAGACGAGAUACCUCGUAUUUGCUUAAGAGAAGACGAUGGGGUUACAGAUGAUGCCGGGGUUUCCUUUGAUGUGGAUAGCAUCAUAGCCUUCCCAAGUUGCCUCGCGGUUGCCAAGCAGGGCAUUCGAUGGUCUCCUACCCAGAUGACUGUCUCUGAUCUUCAGUCUGAUCUUCACCUCCGUUCAAGGCCGGUCACUUACCUCGAUGCAACUGGAAUACAACAUCAAGUACACCGACCUGUCCACCAGAUUCCUCAUUAUACCUUCGGCCGUGUCGUUGGAUUGGAGGAUAUAUCUCUGUACUUUCUAUUUCCCAACCUGUAUCGAGAGGAGCAGAAGUGCAGCCGGCUCCGAGACGAAGACUUUCAGUUAUGGACGGACGGCAUUCUCUUCCCGGCAAUAUACAAAUGCUACAGCAGCGCCCAUGUCCAGCAUUAUCCGUCGAGCUAUGACCACAGUCGCUAUAACUCUACCGCUCGUGGAGUGGAAACACUUGCUCAGCGUGUACAUCCAGUAGCACGGGAACAACAAUUAGUGUACUUUCUACCACCAGAGGCACUAGCCGAAGUUUGGGCCAAUAUCCUCGCCACUGUUCAAGAACCAGGGUUCCAACAGUUCCAGGAUGUGACUAUCCUCCUUCAAGCAAAGAACCUGAAGGUCCUCACAAAAGACGUCACCUGGGAGAAAAUGGUAUCACGCUUCAAGGAGUAUUGGGUCAAAGCCAUUGACGAGAACCACAUUACGCCAGACUUCUAUCUUGAUAUCGGAAAAGAAACUUGCCCUCGACAGGCAUCGCAAGUUGUACCUUGGAGCCAACUGGCGGCUGAGGCUAUGGAUGAUCUAAGAGACAAACGAGCCGAAUCGCUGAUAUACAGGCGAUGCUGCUUGGAGUCAUAUGCCUUCCAGGCCCAGCACGGGUCGGCUGAUGAAGCGAGCCAGAAACAAGCCUUUUAUCCCUUCAGUAUGCUUCAAGAUACCGGAAGCUUGACUAUUGAGACUGGAAAGCGUUCUUCACGCCGUCUUGCUGGCCUUCUCUACUCUCAAUUCUAUCCCAGUGUCAAGGAAGUUUUCGCGGCAGGGAAUGUGUAUCCAUUCACAAACACAGCCAUUGAGACGCUUGCCCUCGACAAGAAGUUAAGAAAGACAUGGGAACUUGUUGGAGGUGGUCUCAGCCAUCAGCCAGCUGCAUUGAUCAAGGCAUAUCUAUACACAAAGCUCCGAUGCCACUAUGCGUUGUUGGGAUCUAUGCAAAAGUCUUUUGGCAUCAGAGAAGAGCAUCGUGUUUCCAAGGAGCUAUUCUACGCGAUUGAUAGUCGAAUGCGCUCCCGAGAGCUCCACAACAUGCGCCUUGUCGUACCCACCAACGAUAGUUCCCCAUACUAUAGUUUCACGACCGAUACUCUGCUUCGAUGGCUGCGGUGGAAUAUCAACAAGUUCUGUGUCGGGUUCGAGAUGGUAUACAGCUUUCAGGACCCGCAUUUUGUGACUUGGGAGCACACAAGAAUCAUGCUUAUGUUUCUUCGCUGUCUCCAAUUCUCUUACUCGGGUGGAUUGAUACAGAAAGUCGGCGGUUGCUGGCAAGAUAUACGACAGCGACCCGACCCAAGUCAGCCAAACGGACUUCGCCGAUACGAAGGUCUCGGGUUCAAACGCACAAUGGAGGUGUACGGCUAUGCUUGGUUUCUUGACAAGAUCGACUGGAACACGCUCACUUUCCGACAACCCCAUGCGGCCUAUAUGAUGUUCAACAACCCAUCCAUGCAGACUGUUUACCGCGCUCGGUACCACCAAGUACGAGAUGUACGGAUCGACUUCAUUCGAGUGGAUAAGGCUUACCAAUGGAUGCUCGAGUUCAGUGCCAUACCAAUGUGCCUCGACCUCUUGGAGAAUUACCUUCGAGAGCUCUGCUUGUGUGCCUUUCGAAAGGACGUCUUCUUUCACGUCAAGUCAGCUCUGAAGCCAGAGUGUAUGGAGGCUGCAUUGGCAGGAGACAUUCCCCUCUGCUAUGAUAGUGUCAACAAUGCCAUGCUCAAAGAUUACCAGCCACUUCAGCUUGCGCAAGGAAACAGGUUGGCAGUGAAGGAUGUUCAUGUGUUAUUUGCUUGGCUUUGGAAAUCGAAGGAUGACCAUUUUGAACGGCAGGGGUGGAAUGAGAAGCCAUACCGUAUGCUAUUCCAGCAGAGCUUCCAUGCCAUCAGGACCGCACGAGGUAAAUCUGGCGCACGGAGGUGGCGACAAGAGCUGAAAAGGUCAUUCCUUGGAAGCCAUUGGAUUCUCCCAUAUCCACAUAGCCGGGGAUUCAUGCGUAAGGAGAAGGAGGAAAAACAGUUCACAUGGUGGCCCAGUUUGCAUCAAGGACUCAUCAGACACUACGCCAAGUCCCGACAGACUGGAACACUUGCCCAUCCACUGCCAGCAUCCAACAUCGAAAAUCAUCCUAUUGACGGCUGGCAACUAGCAGGUUCUCGGUUUUCCAGGAGCUAUAUGCCCUAUGUCAUACAACCCGAACAGGAAUUGAUUCGAAUGCCUGAAAAUGAGCUCUAUGCCCAGUUGGUUGCUCUUCGGGAGCAAGUAUCAGCUGGGCUGCCUCAAAGCCCUUCUAUCAUACCUACACUGGAAUUAGAUACCUCUCCCGAGAGUCCUUUUUUUCCAAAGAAAUGGUGCCAGAUAAGACAAAUGGAAGUUGCUAAAACAUUCGAGGAAUGCGAUGAGGUUAACGACUGUAUCUGGUUUUUGAAAAAGGGGUUAGAGUCAUAUGAACAUCUCCAACAUCGUCAGCAAAACCGACGCAAAAGGCGUCAGAACCGCACUACGAUCCAACCAGACAGCGACUUGAGUUCAAUAUCAGGAAGUGAUGAAGCUGAGGCUACUUCAGAUGAGGAGGGCCUUGUUGUUAUGCGGAAAAAGCAAGCACAAGUGGUGCGCAAUAUGGAAACUCGAGUCCAUGAGCUCAUUGAAGAAUUUAAACGAAGAUAUCCGCAAUGGAAGAAGUCUUAUGACCCUAUCUUGAGGAAGUUGAAUCGCCGUCUAGAAAGAGUUGAAUAAUAGAUAAGAAGACAGUAGACCUCGUUGAAAACCCCAUAUAAAUUCAAACCGCGCUAUUAAUGAC